AUGAGUGUGAUAUCUAUAAAGCCUCAAAUGAACUGAUUCAAUAAUCAAACCAAUCUUGCAAAUCGAGCUGACAGGUCGCGAGUGGACAGAGAGUUUCAUUUGAAAUUAGCAAUUUUAAAGUCCAAAGGAAGAUUAAAAGAUACAUUGUGAAAAUUAUUAUUUAAAAUGAAUAUGACGAGUCCCGUGAAAGAAAUAGUCGUGGUCGGCGAUGGAAUGUGCGGCAAAACCUCAACAAUAAGCGUUUUCCUGGGAAAGCGAUUCCCGACCGACUACGUUCCGACAGUCUACGAGAACCAUAUUAAGAAAGUAAAGCUCGGAGAACACAGUGUAUCACUAAGAUUAUGGGACACCGCUGUACAAGAGGAUUUUGAAAUGUUUCGGCCAAUGUUUUAUCGUAGAGCUUCGGUAUUUGUCGUGAUGUAUUCGGUGGACCGUCCCGACUCUUUAUUAAAUAUCUGCGAAAAAUGGGUACCUGAACUGAGGCAAUAUUGCCCAGAUGUGCCGAUCGUUUUGGUGGCCAAUAAAACUGAUCUUCAGUACAAGAUCGGGAAGCUUUCGGAGAACGAAGAAAGGCCGGUCAGUACGUCGGAAGGCCGAGAAACAGCAAGGAAACUUAAGGCAGUUGCCUUUAGAGAAUGUUCAGCUUUGACGAAACAUGGUAUAAAUGAAGUUUUCAAAACUGCAUUGCUGGCAACACAACACCACGAAAAACAAAAACAAGCUUGGAAAUGGUUGACAAAUACCAUUUUUGCCGAAGGAAAUUGAACACGGCAGACUAUUAAAAAAGUGUUCUGAACACGACUGCCAUCGCUUUCAUGUAAAUAUUUAAUUGCAAGAU